AUGUGUCAAGAAUUUACUUAGGAAAAUAUUGUAUAGACUUUUCACAUACGUUCAACAAUACUCGUAUGCAGUUAUUUUGUCAAAGCAUUUCUUAGCUUUUUAUGAAUAUGGUUUGAGGGUUGAGAGAACGCUGGUUAAGAAGGAAAAUGAUACUGCGUUUCCAGUCUUUGAACACAUAUGCAUUUGACAUAUAUGCAUACUUGCUUGCCUGUGUGUGUUUUUUUGCGUAAUAUUUGAUGUUGUCAGAGCAACAAGAACAUUUCGUAAGGCAUAACUAGGUAAGAUGCAUGUCAAAGAAAGAUGCAAAACAAAAACAUAUCAACUCUCUCCUAUACAGAGGGUUAUAUUCAUCGGAAAUACUCCAACACCACUCAUUGAGUAUACUAAAAAACUAGUAAACUGCCUAACGGUCACGUCUUUUUGUAUUCAUAAAGGUGAGCAGGGCCGUAGGAACAGGGGAAUUGGGGAGGGCCGGGCCUCCCAAUAAUUUGACCGAUUAUGGCAAUGUUUUGACAGGGAGUCAAAUUUAGCUGAUUUUCAUAAUGUGUGCCCCCCGAUCUGAAAAUGCUUCCUACGGUCCUGCUGAGUGACAGUUGAGUCAACUCCUAAGAGUUCGUAAGUGUGUGCAUGGUAUAUGGGGGGAUGUUCUUUUUAAUACGUGUUACUGGGGACGACAAAAACGCAAAUAACCCAACAAAUUAAAAUGAAUCAAACGGUUAAAAUAGAAAAAAGGAGAUAAAAUAUACGAAACUUAAUCUAACGGGUCUCGUCAGUCACUUUCAGAAAAACACAACGUAGUAACAUAUAUUUAUAUUUCACAAGCCUAGAUAUUGGUUAAUUCUUAAAUUCCCUUAAAAUCGAUGUCAUGAAAAAACCUAUAUUUAUUAAAUCUUAUUGUUUAAAACAUUUAUUUUAUGAAAAAAUAUUUUUUUGAUAAUUGAAAUUUAAUAUGCGCCCUGGCAUUCGGGAAACACUAACAAUUAAUGGCAGAGUUAAAAAAAAAACUGUUGUUAAUUUCAAUUUCAGCGAUAAUUAAACUCGUGUAUCUUUAAAUAUAAAUUUCAUUAUACAAAUUCUGAUGAAUAGACUGACUGACGGACGGACGAAGGGACAGAAGGACGUUUUGUAAAACAAAUAGACGGGUGGACGAAGAAACAUACAGACAACUUCAUGUCAAGUCUGAAAAUGGUUCAUCUUGGGUAAAAAAUUAGGUCAUUUGGUCAAAUCAAAGUUAAACCUUGUGUAUGCAAUAGAGGCUGUUUUUUUCAUUUGAUUCAUAAAGUUAUGUCAGAAUGAUUGCCUUGAUGAAAUCUAUGUCGAGUUUGAAUAUAAGUCAUCAGGGGUCAAAAACUAGGUCAUUAGGUCAUAUCAAAGAAAAUACUUGUUUAAACUCCCGAGACCACAUUUUUGGUCCAAACUUACUGAAAAUUGUCCAGAAUAUUUUUUUUCUCAUGAAAUCUCUAGGUUAAACAUGUAUACAUUGUGAUAAGUUUCUCAGGUGAGCAACCAAGGGCCAUCUUGGUCGUCUUGUUUGUUAUUGUUUUUAUUUAUUUCUGAUGGUCUCUUCCAUUAUGUUGACUUUAGCUGACCGUAGCUGAUUCAGAGGUUAGCGAGUUCGCGUUGAAAACCAAAGGUCGGGAGUUCGAUCCUCACCAGAAGCAUUUUUUUCAGUUUUUUUUUUUAGUUUUGGAAGUAUUGUAAAAACUAAGCAUUCAAGUGUUUUGUUAGUGAUGAUGUCAGGUUCCAGUGUACUGUCUAUACAGUAGUCAAUAGAAAAGACAUUUUCUUUUUUAAAAAAAAAAAGAUUUUUGGGAUCAAAAUAUACAGGCAUUGAACUGUGAAAAGCACAUAAUGCUCUUCUCCCCGUUCACAUAUAUAUCAUCCACAAGCUUAAAAAUCACUGACCAGAGUUUAUCACUAGGAAAAACUACUGAUUAUGAAUUAUCAGUAAACAUAAAGAAGGUUCCUACUACCGUCCUGGUCUUUAGUGCUAAAAGAUUAACAAAAAAAAUUGUCUUAGACUGCUUACUUAGCAGUUCAGUAAAUAAAACAGGGGUUUUCGAGAAUUUCGGCAAACAGAGUUUUUCUCUGGGUAAAAUUCUCAUCAUUAACUUUUAAAGAUGGCUAGUCUUUUGGGUUUAAAACUUUCUUUAGUUCGUAUAUAGCAUAUAUGUAGAGUUUCCGCAUGUCAAGAUUUAAUCUUAAUGCAUUCUAAGACAUUCAGUCAGAAAUCAUGAAUUAUCAUUAAUUCUUAAAAUUUAAUAGAUCUAAAAGAACAUAAACUUCCUAAAACAGAUCCAUAAUUCCAGAUAAUUCCGCAGCACUCCUUUAAUUUUCAAGGGGCACUGGUGAUUUUUCAAGGGAGCUCUGCCUUUUAGGUAGCACCUAAGUUCAUAUUAGUAAUUUUAAUGGUGGUGGUGAUAGUGAUAGUGGUGGUGGUUGUUGCAGUAGUAGAAGUAGUAGUAGAAGUAGCAGUAGUAGUUGCAGUGGUAGAAGUAGUAGUAGUAAUAGUAGUAGAAAUAGUAGUAGCAUUAAUGGUAGUAGGAGUGGUAGUAAUAGUAGUAGUAGAAGUAGUGUUAGUAAUAGUGGUAGUAGUAGUAGUAGCGGUAGUAGUAGUAGAAGUGGUGGUAGUGGUAGUAGUAAAAGUAGUAGUAAUAAAAGAAGAAGAAGUAGUAGAAGUGGUGGAAGUAGUAGUAAUUUUAAUAGUGGUGGUGAUAGUGGCGGUGGUCGUUUUAGUACUAGUAGUAGAAGUAGUAGUAGUAGUGGUAGUAGUAGUAGUAGUAGUGGUAAAAGUGCCUGAUGGUGGUAGUGACAGUAAUAGUGAUAGUGAUAGUAAUAAUGAUAUUGAUAGCAGUGGUAGUAGUAGUUAUAGUGGUGGUGGUAGUGGCAGAAAUGGGUAUAAUAAUUAUAGUAGUAGAAGAAAUGGUUCUGAUAGUAGUAGUGAAAGUAGUGAGAGUUGGUAGUAGAAGUAUAAGUAGUAAUAGUAGCAGAAGUAUAAGUAGUAGAAGUAGUAUUAUAGUAGUUGCUGUUGUAGUAGUUGUAAGGGUUAAGUAGUUGUGGUGGUAUCGCUCGAAAGGGUGGUGUGGGGGACGCUUCUCAUGAUUGCUAUUUUCGAAUAUGACGUUAAACAGUGUACUCUAGCGCAUUCUGGAGAAUAUGUUUCGACCCUGAAAUCGUUGUCACUCAUCUAUGAUUUAUCAUCAAUCUAUAAUUUCUAUGAUUUAUUUUCAACUUCUGUGCAAAAAAAAAUGCUUCAAGUUGAAGAAUACAUCAAAACACUUUCCUAAUAAUCCGUUAUAUUCAACUUUUCCGCGACAAUAGUUUUCGUAUAUUUACUCCAAAACAAUGAGGAAAGUACUCAGUAACUAUCUUUCUUUACAUUUAAAAGAACUGUAAUAGACAUUGUUUGUCUGUUCAAAACAUAUGAAUUUAUUUUGAAUUCUUGAACAAAAUUCUAUAUAGUUUGUUUUUAUAUUAAAUGAUAACCUGUGUCGGCAGUAGAUAAAUGACCACACCCAUAGGCCGAAUGCCCCGUUUUCCGCCCAGGAAUUUGUUUUCGGAUAAAAUACAACAUCAUGUAGACCCUUUGUAAUUACGAGUGGUUAAUUCCUACGAUUACCAAUAUAAUGAGAUGCAUGCAAUAUCUACUAGUAUGGAUAAGUAUGUGAUGCAUUAUGUAAUGACUUUAAUUUGUUUUUUCAAAAUUUCAAAUGUACUGCGUUAUUCAAUUUUACUCAAACAUUAAGUAAGAAUAGACUAUUAGUUUCCCCAUCCUCACACUUUUUUUCAUUUUUGCUGGAGUAAUGUAGGUCCGGGGCUGCAGUUACUAAUAGGCGCUAUCUCAACAGGUGGUAGAGGAAGGUUUAGUGGUAGUAGUAAUUGUGACAGCAGUACUAGUAACGGUAAUGGAGGUGGUAGUCACAAAGUUGUGUAAGGAGUUAAAGUAUAUGUAGCUACAGUAGAAACAACAGUAGCAGCAGUAGCAGUAACUGUCGCUUUUGAUGUAUUAGUUGUUGUUGCAGAAGUAGUUUCGGCAGGUGUGAUAGAUGAACACUUUCGGAUGGGAUACUGAAGAGGUCUUAUACUAGUAGUUAAGUAGUAGUGUUAUUGUUGCAGUAUUCAAAGUUUCUUUUACAAAUGGCAUAAUCUGUUUUCACUUGAUGUACACACAACACUUUUUACACUAAAGAACAUGUCCGAAAACGUGAACAUUGACUCAAACCACUCAACACGACCACCUCCUAUUGCACUUGGUAUCAACGUGGAAAAGCCCAAAUUUCCCCUGUAUGCAGUCUAUUCGAAACGUCUUGAAUCAUUCGAAGCUUGGCCAGAAUACCUACCAGUCGACAAGAUUGACCUAGUUGAUGCUGGGUUGGUAUUUACAGGUGUCGGCGAUAGCGUGAGAUGUUAUUUCUGUGGAGGUGGAUUAAGAAAUUGGGAACGCGGAGAUGUUGCUAUGGAAGAACAUGCUAAAUGGUACCCAAAAUGUCCUCACAUUCUACUGGUCAAAGGACAAGCUUAUGUAGAAAAACUCAGCCGAGGUGAAAAACCGGAAGAAGACGGGACUUUUGAAAAUGUAAAAUUUGACACUUCUGCAAAACGAAAUUUGAUAGACAGUAUAGCAGCUCAAAGUUGUAAAGAGAUAGGCUACACAGAUCACAUGGUCCAAAAAGCAAUCGACAUAUACACCAACAAAUAUGAAAAUAACGAGUUCAAAGCCAAAGAUUUAUGUGAAAUACUUCUCGAAUUAGAAGAAAACCAAGAAGCUACUGAUACUGACGGGAAAGAUCACAGCCAAACUGCACAGGUUGAUAGUGAUACUUUGAACGAAGAAAUAGUAAAAGGGAGAAUUCUCAGUGAAAAGUGGACGCAGUGGUCAAGCGAACUAAGACGCUUUCCUAUGGAGGUAAAGGGCCCUUGUGAAUCUUGGCUUCUCCCAAUGCGGUGUGUCCUUUGGCAAGGCACUUUAUCACGAUUGCUUCAGCCGACCCACCUAUAAAUGAGUACAAGCAAAUUGCUUGGGCUAAGGUAAUAGCAUGAGAUAGAGAUCUUCAACUUAUAUGAUAACCAGGGUUUAGCAGUGUGCUGACUAUAAAGAGUAACUGCGGAAAAUCCAGUCAGUUGUGUUAAGAUCAUUCACCUGUGAUUUGCAAUAUUGGCGGCAAUAUUUGCACUGACGGUCGGGGCUGAUUAUUCUAAGUAUGUAGUAUGUUUUGACCAAUUUACUCUCAGUGUUUCCUAUUUUGUGAAAUUUAAGAUAAUGCCAACACCAUACUAGAUUUAAAAUUUUGCUCAAAGGAAGUUAAUGAGAAGAACAAUAAAUAGAAUUAUGCUUGCGAAAAGUAUUGAAACCCCAUUGUUAAAGUUAAUGGAAGAACUUCAUUUUCAUUCACAAGCUUUCGAAUGUAGCCAGUUUGAUUUUAACCAGUAAUGGCUUGGUUUGAGAAUUUAACGUCUGAUACUAUAUAUUUCUAGCCCGGAAGAUAGAGAACUAGAAUAUAAAUCAAAACAUCACAAGUUUAAUCCCUGGCUAUAUGCGUGUAUUCUCUAACAUACUUCAAGAUGAUUUGACAAAAUUAGAGGAGUGGGAACGUAAAUCCUGAUGAAUGCGAAAUCAGAAGAAUCUCUAACAAAAAGAAAUAUUGUUUUUUUCCAUAUAAAUAAAAUAACCAAGAACUAAAAACUACAGAAAAUGUUAAAUAACUUUUGAUUACCAUUAGUGAUGACUUUAGUUGGAGAAAACAUAUUGAAACUAUAUCUUCAAAAGCUAGUAACACUCUCAGAUUCGUAAAAAGAAAACAGAAUAUACGUCUGCGCACAAUUAGAGUACUGUACACCAUAUGGCAUCCAUGGCAGAAAAACUCAGCAUAAGAGAUAAAAAAAAAAAACUACAAAGAGCUUCAGCCAGAUAUGUUAUGAAUGAUUAUUCAAACCAAAGCAGCGUAACAUCAAUGCUUGAACACAUUAGAACAGAGCAGAUUACAUGCAUCCCUAAUAAUGUUGUACAAAAUAUCACACAACCUUCUCUCUGUAGAUAAUAAGAUAAUAGAUAAUAACCACCUGACAGUCUCUAGAAACGUAAACUUUAUAACUCCAUCUUCAAGAAUACAAUAACAAAUUAACGAAGUCACCCCACACCUCCUCGCACGAUCAGAUUCUUGAGCGCCUUACCUUAUAACAUCAAGGAGACUUGUUCUCAUCUGAUCUAGACUCGUAUAUGUACUAUUGUCAUCAUCCUGUUUUUCUUAACAAAGCUGUAUAUAUUACUGCUCUGACUCUCUUAACACACGCAUAUCAUGUAUCUUUCACAUAGCAGCACUCCCAGUUAUGAACAGAAAUUGGUUUUUGGGAGUAUCCCCGUAGAUGUAAAUGAAGAUGUAUUCUCGCAAACAACUUUGAAAAAGAACAUUUUUGAGGUCGUUCAACCUCUGUUUCUUUCUCACUUUCAACGGUGACUUGUCAGUACUGUUACUGAAAGUGUUAAUUGCAACUGUCAAAGAAUGCCACUAAAUGUAGGAACACUUGAUAGGUUGACUGAACACUAUUACAUAACUGAAAUACUGCUGCAAAAUUGAACUGCAUAUAAAUAAAAGAAGGUUCAGUUUUUUUUCUAUUUCCCUUAUUUUCUAAGGUCAUACCUAAUUUAUUAAUAGUUCUUCGGAUAAUUUGUAACAAAAAUGGGAGCGAAUGAGCGAAAUUUUUAUUUUACUUUUUUCUCUUCAUCAUUAUUGCUUCAGAGGCGGAUAGAUUUUAUAUGGAGCGAGUGGGAUUUAAAAAAAAAAAUCCCAGCUUGGACCUUUGAGGAGACGGUUAUCAUUAUACAUGAAAUUAACUUUUCUUAUUAAGAAAAUAUAUAAUAAGAAAUUACAUAGAAAUCAAAUAUUUACAGUGUGACUAACACAGUAGAUAGCUUUUCUAUAUGUUUUAAAGACUAUAUGAAUGAUUUUGCAAAUAAAUUCUUGCCAAAACUCACUGAAUCACUUUGUUUUUAUUUUGCAUUUAUAAUGACUAAGGGAUGGAGUUUUUUUAAUUUUUAAUUUUGAUAUUUCUACAUUAAUCUGAAGGCAUGCCCAUUUAACGGCAAAGGAUGAGGAAUAUUUAAGUCAAAACGGGCAGGUGUAAUAACAUAUUUUCUGAAACACAGCUAGAUGGUUUCGACACAUGAGAAACUUAGUGCCCCUAAUGAAACUCCAACCCAUAGAGAUGAGGGGAAAGUAAUAAACCACUUGACCAAUGAGACCAAAUGUAUUUAGGCACACAAACGCUUCGACAUUGCUCGAAUCCCAUUGGAAUAAUUUCUUAACAGAUCAGGCUAGCUUAAGUUUUUGUGGUAGAAGUUCAUUUCAGUCAAAAAUGAUAACAGACGGACGAAGGAUGAUCCUAAAAUGGCCACCCUUAAAAGUGUUAUUUGUUGUGCUUUGAUUGACCUAGAAAUUUAGAGUUGGGGAGAUCUAUUUUUUCUGUUUUUCUUUCAAUCAAUUCACAGCCAAUCAAUAUGCAAACAGAGAAAAAUGGGAUUACAAUAGGAUAGAGUUUGUUAGAAAUUAUUUUUAUAUCUGAGCUAGUUAUUAGAAAAUCUAUACAACUUUAAAAUUGACUAUAUGUAUUUUCAUCGAAUAUCUGACCUCUGUACUAAAGAAGUUACGUUCAAACAUUUUUAGACCUAGACGAUGUGAUAAAUUGGUCAGUAUCUGUGAAUAAACAUUUUUUAAGAUAGCUCUCCGCUUUGGCUCUAGAUCUAACAUAGUGAACUAAACAACUGAUAACAAAUGGUUUGAAAACUUUAUAUUUGAACAAUUUCCCCGUGCACAUCGGGCUUCGUUCUUUUCACUGUGUUGGACAAUCGUAGAAUAUGCCUACUUCAUCACCUACCGGCACAUCGGAGGCCAUGAGCGGCGCUAGCACAGACACUCCAGAUUUAAAACAAAUAUUGAACAACACCAUAAUUCCUGACUUUUUGAGUUUGGGUCAUUAGCUACAUGUAUUAUGGACGCAUGAAUUCCGAUCAAUAUCGCUUGACGCAUUAAAAAAACCAAUAAAACAUGUUUUGCCGUUAUCAUUCCGGACCGCGAAAUCAGAAAAAAAAAUCGGAGAUUUUUAUGUACGUACGGACGGGUGCUUUUUCUUUUUUCUUUUCGGGAUUGAAAUUACUGAUGCGGUAGUUCCGACGAACGACAUAUCAAUUUAGUAUGGCAUAACAGACAUUAAAAAUGGGUCCUGAUGUGUGCUGCGGCCAUUUGAAAUUUAUAUACAGUUUUAUAUAGAAUAAUUUAUUAAAGAAGAACAGCUAUUUAGUAUGUUUAAUAGGUUUAUUAUGACAGUGGUUUGAUCUUGGAUGAGGUAUUUGCCUUUGAGCUGGAUCACAAGAGGCCUGCAAGCGCAAAGUCAGACUCACUGUGAUAAAAUCGCUAAAGGCCUAGUACAACCUCCUACAAAAAAGCUUUAGAGUGGAAGUGACAUAUCGAUUUAUUGCAGUCCGUUUGUCUGUAAGAAAGUUUGUCCACGCAAUUCUUCCGACACCGCUGAGCAAAUUGACACCAAACAUCACAGGAGUGAUCAUUACCAAGCCUAGUUAUUGAUGUCAUCAGCAUUUUCGGGUUCAGUAAUUUGCAGCAGAGUUAUAGUCCUUUAUUUUUCAAAUUUUGUGAUAUUUUUGCCACUUCUGUUGUACAACUGAGCAGAUUUUUACCAAACUCCACACGAGUGAUAAGUGCCAAACCUCAUUCUGCAUAUUUCUAGCAAUUUCUGUUUCAAGGAUUUUCAGCUGAGUAUGACCCUUGAUAUUUAAAAUCUGAUGAUACUUUGGCCACUUUUCUUAUAUAAUAUGGCUGAUUUCCACCAAACGGGAGGGAUCACUUCCAAGUCUUAUAUGCAUAUUAUUGAUAUAAUGCUAAGCUUCAAUGAAUUUUCAGUGAAGUUAUGGACUUUUGAUAUUUUUAAUUUGACCUUGUUUACACUACUUGCUGUUUACAAUUAUGCAAAUAUUCACCAAAUCUUGCAAGUGAUUAAUGUCAUGCAUAGCCGUGCGUAUUUUCUACGUGUUCCAAUAUAUAGUUUUCAUUGUAACCAUGACCAUUGAUUUGUCAGAAUCUUCAAUAUGUGCUACUUGUCCUAUAUCACUGGUUUGAAUUCCAAAAUACUUAAGGAUACACUAAGGGGUAAAUUCGCAUUUUUGAGUCGGCUAAACUCUUUCAAGCGUUUGACGAGUCCUUGCUAUCGCCCGAUUUCUCAUUCUUAUUAAAUGGCCUCACAACACAGCGAAGUGAUGUAGUUCCAUUAGAUUAUCUCUAAUUUCAAAGAGUUCAUUGAUCGAAUGAAGUUCAGUUAUGUCAAUCCUAUUUGCUAUGACCAAUAUACGAUGUAAUCUGUCAAAUUUUUGGCUUGUAAUUGUGCAAUACUCGGAUAAAGCCACGUAUUUUCUUCCGCGGUAACUCAUUAAGCAUAAACACGCAUAACGAUUUUGCGGGAUUUGGUAAUACAUUUGCGCAUAUGAUUAUGGUGACGAAUUUUAUGCCCUUUUGUCACAAAAUAGCAAAUAUGAUGUUCACAAAUUCAAAUAAAAGCUGCAUAUUAACUUAUUAGCCAAAUUAUCCAUUUGUUACCCUGUCCGUUUCAAAAAAUAAUCAUUAAAAUCAUUGCGCAAAUAACAAAUUUAUUGCGCUGUGCAUUUUAUAAAUUGUGCAGGCUUACCAAGCUUGCGUAACAUCCAGCGAAAAACAAAAUAUAGUUCCAGAACAUACUGCUAGCAUUUUAUUGAGUCGGGUACCUCUAAAAGCAUUUGAAUGUCACUUGUCAAAGAGUUUACCACAUCGAUGAAAUUAAAUUAUGACAGCUUCAUUUUAAAUGACCCGAAUAAGAUAUGUGCAGUACGUUAAUUCUUCCGCGAGACUUCGCAGAUUAAUCCUUACUACAUUCUGGACACUUGUCGGCGAACACGCGUGACCUGUUUAUAACAACACUUCUACGACUUUGCGUGGGUUGAAUUUUGCAGUCAGUAAGCGGAUAAAUUAUCGGAAGAAGAAGCUCUUACUGGUUUGUUUAAUUACUACUGAUAUUAAAAAUGAUUUUAUUUCUUAUUUUUCGAGAAACAUUAAAUUGUAUUUUCUUGUAGUUUUUGAAAUCGAAAGUAGAUCGUCUAUGUUUGGCUGCUUUGACGAAACGAAACAACUUUUUUAUCAAAAGAUUUAACUAAGAGGUAAUUUAACCGUAAACUUCAAUGUCAGAUACUGCCAAUUGCUGCUAAAUGUCUUCGUAUCAUCACAAUUUGUAAAACAUAUUGUUGAAACUGGAGAUUUAGAAAAGUGUAAUCGUAUCCGGAUAUAAUAUAUUGGGUAAAUAUCGAGCUGUGUUAUGAAAUUUUAACACUCAAGUAACAGACAUGAUAGAUAUUAUUGUAACAGAAAUGAUUCUAGAAUUUAUUUUUAUAACACCUACAUAGAAUCUAUAUCAGACUCAUAUUCUAGUCCUGAGGCAUGCUCUGAAAGUAAAAA